AUGUCCCAAAUUAUAAGAUCACCAUCUUCGAGUUCGGGACCUUCAAGUUCUUCACCUAUCAAGAACGACAGCCUAAAACCAAGAAAAAGGUUUACUUCACCCAAAGAAAAGACAGACAAAAUGGGAAUUUCUCCUAAUAAAAGAUUGCAUUUGAAAAACAUGAGUCCCAAUGUUACCAAUAAGACUAUAUAUAUAAAUUUUACUCCUAAACCUGAAGACAAACUUAUCAAGAGACCGACUUUGAAUCGUCCUAUUUCCAAUAAAAGAUCUAAAAGUUCCAUCAUCAGCAAGAAACCCACUUUGACAUUAUCACCUAGCAAAUUAUCUUUAAGAAGAACUAAUUCUUUUAAUGAUAAUGCUUUGAAUAAUAAUAACGGGAAUCCUACUGAUAGAUUCAUCCCAUCAAGGCAUAAUUCCAUAACAGGAAAAUUACAAAUUAAUAAUAACGAUCCUCAUCCAAAUGCAUCUCCCCAAACACACAUUAAAUAUCAAACGUCCAAAAUCUAUCAGAAACAUGUAGCUGAAGCUUGUGGUUUAGAAAUGAAUUCUAGAAUCUUACAAUUUCAACCUUUACCACCAGACAGAAAAAAACCUAUUGAUUUAUUUACGGCAAACUUGUCAACGAAUUCAAAUAAAUCUUUGAGACCUUCGGUGGCUUUUGCCAGAGCCAAAAAAAUUCCUACAGCCCCAGAAAGAGUGUUAGAUGCUCCAGGUUUAAUUGAUGAUUUUUAUCUUAAUUUAUUGGCUUGGUCAUCGACGAACUUAUUAGCAAUUGGUUUACAGGAUACCGUUUAUGUAUGGAAUGCCUCAACUGGAUCAGUAGGAUUAUUGUGUGAAUUACCUAACAAAACAUUGGUCACUUCUUUGAAAUGGUCAGAUGAUGGCUCAUAUAUUUCUGUAGGUAAAGAUGAUGGGUUCAUUGAAAUUUGGGACAUUGAAACCAAUACUAAAUUAAGAACUUUGAAUUGUGAUAAUCAUUUGACCAGAAUUGCCAGUCAAGCUUGGAAUCAACAUAUCUUAACUAGUGGUUCAAGAAUUGGUAACUUGUACCAUUCAGACGUAAGAGUUCCUCAACAUUUCAAUAAUAAAUUUGAAAAUGUUCAUUCAGCAGAAAUAUGUGGUAUUGAAUAUAAACCUGAUGGUCAACAAUUUGCUACUGGAGGUAAUGAUAAUCUUGUGUGUAUCUGGGAUGUCAGACAAUCCGUAGUUAACCAUCAACCUUUAUUCACCAAACAUACCCACAAGGCUGCUGUGAAAGCUUUGAAAUACAGUCCUUUCCAAAACAAUUUGUUAGUAACAGGAGGUGGUUCAAGUGAUAAAACCAUCAAUUUCUGGAAUACAUCAACAGGAUCAAGAAUCAACUCAAUUGAAACUGAAUCGCAAAUCAGUUCUUUGAAUUGGGGGUAUUCUUCAGGAACUGGUAUCGAAAUUGUCGCUACCCAUGGAAUGCCUAAUAACAAUAUAUCAUUAUUCAAUUAUCAAACUUUACAAAAGACUGGAGAAAUCAUCCAGAGUCAUGAUUCAAGAAUCUUAAACGGUUGCUUGAGUCCUGAUAGUUUAACUUUAGCUACAGUUGCUGCCGACGAAAAUUUGAAAUUUUGGUCUAUCUUUGAUUUACCAAAAUCAAACAAAUCUAUAGAGAAUUUAUCUACUGAUGAUCCUAAUUUUAGUGAUGACAUCAAAAAGAUGAAGAAAUUAAUGAAUUUACGUUAA